AUGGGAAGAGAUAACCAGACGUGGGUGAGUGAAUUCAUUCUCCUCGGCCUGUCCAGUGACCGGGACAUCCAAGUCUCCCUCUUUGCCCUGUUCUUGGUCAUGUACCUGGUCACAGUACUGGGGAACUUCCUCAUUGCUCUUCUGAUCAGACUGGACAGUCAACUUCACACUCCCAUGUAUUUCUUCCUCAUCAACCUCUCCCUUAUAGAUGUCUCUUAUUCCACAAGCAUAGUCCCUCAGAUGCUGGUCCAUUUUCUCACACAACACAAAGGAAUCCCAUUCGUGAGUUGUGCAGCUCAGCUGUUCUUCUCCCUGGCCUUGGGCGGAAUUGAGUUUGUUCUGCUGGCAGUGAUGGCCUAUGAUCGCUAUGUGGCUGUGUGUGACCCCCUGCGAUAUUCAGCCAUUAUGCAUGGAGGACUGUGUGUUAGGUUGGCUGUCACAUCCUGGGUCAGUGGCUCCAUCAACUCUCUCAUGCAGACCACCAUAACCUUUCAGCUGCCUAUGUGCAAUAACAAAUUUGUUGAUCACAUAUCAUGUGAACUCCUAGCAGUUGUCAGACUAGCCUGUGUGGACAUUUCCUCCAAUGAAGUUGCGAUCAUGGUCUCCAGCAUUGUUCUGCUUAUGACACCGUUUUUCCUGGUUCUUUUGUCCUACAUCCAGAUCAUCUCCACCAUCCUAAAGAUCCAGUCCACAGAAGGAAGGAAGAAAGCCUUCCACACCUGUGCUUCCCACCUCACAGUGGUGGCUCUGUGCUAUGGCAUGGCCAUUUUCACCUACAUCCAGCCCCACUCCAACCCUUCUGUCCUACAAGAGAACUUGAUCUCCCUUUUCUAUGCCAUUUUGACACCCAUGCUGAAUCCCAUGAUUUACAGUCUAAGGAACAAGGAGGUGAAGGGGGCCUGGCAGAAACUCUUGGGAAAAAUCUCUGGAUUGACAUCAAAACUGGCAGCCUGAUGACUCAUGAGCAUCUCGUAGACAUGUCAGCUAUGGCUCAGCAUUCUCCACCCAACUCAGAUGGACAGGCAUCAGCUGGGUUGCCCUGGAAACCAGGAAGGAGCUGAUGUAACAUAUACUAGGGAAGUUGUGUAGGAGACGGAGUGGUUUUGUUGGGGUGUGGUUGUAUUUUUAUGCCUCAGCAACCUGCUCUUUGGA